CAAGAUUAUAGAUAGCAAAAUAAGAGGAUGUUUUUGUAUAUAAUUUUAUUUAUUUUCAUAAAAGUACAAUGCUAUUAAUUUGAAAAUAAAACGCAAACAUUGAAACCUUUUUCGUUUAACAUACACAGCGAUGAAAAGGCAUAAAUUAUAAUACCAACUUCUAUUUUUAGCUAAUACAGAACUGUAUUUAAUUAUAAUAAAAUUGAUGGACCAAGUAAUCUUAAUUAGUUUUGCAAAUUCAAAUAUCAUAAUCUCAAAGUGGAAAACUUUAUUUUAUAAAGAAUAAACCCGUCUGUUGAUGGCUUUCUAAUUAGCUUUUUUACAUUUAGCAAGUAUGUUGUGGCAAUUACUGACAAAUUUAGAAUUAUUUAAUUUGCUAUUGAAAUUCAAGAACCUAUUUGUGAUCAAUAAAAUUAAAACAUCACUAACAGUAGUAGUUAACAAAUAUAUUCUCUAGAAUAAGUUUAAAAUAAAAUUACUAGAAUAUUUGAAAAUGUCAUUCCUUUGAAUUUAUAAAGUGGACUAUAAGGAGAAACACCGCUAUUUGGAUAUUCUAAUGAAAAUACAGUGCUUUUGUUUUAUAGAAAAAAAUCGAUUUAUAUGAAAAUAUCCUCAUUUAAUAUUUAUGAAAUUUAAGAGAAUUCUUAUUAAUAAAGAGAUAAUAUCUAUCGAACUCUUUCAUUAAGUUCGAAUGAGAUUUUAAUUGCAAGUGGAAAAGAUGGAUUGGAUUACUACAAGAUAAUAACACAAGAUCAAUCAGUUGAAAAAUUAAAUUUUAUUCACAAAAAUAUUGAAAUAGCCAAAGAUAAUGAUAUUAGAGAUAUUAUUUUUUUGAACAAAAAUUCUACAAAUAUCAUUUAUGCUUUGGUAGAUUACACGAAAAUAAUAUAUAUUUGUGAUUAAAAUUAUUAAAUUUUGUUUACAAUUAAUGAUGUGCCCCCUUAAGUCACUCGUAUUGCAAGUCCUUCACCUUCUAUUUUACUAGCUAUAGGUGUUGAUUAAGAAGAAGACUCUUAAAUAAGAGAAUACAUUAUUGAUUUACCAAAUAAGAAUUACACAAUAAACAGACAAUAUAAAGGAGAUGACGAUGCUUGGAAUGAGAUUUUUGCGGAUAAAUAAAUAAGUUUUGUCUUGGGAAAAUACAGAUCAAGGAUAUUUUUUCAUGGAAUAAAUAGAUAAUUUUUACCAGAAUACGAAAUAGAUAGUCGCAAUAAAGAUAUAAUGAUUGAUCAGAAUUUGUAUAAAAACAUUAUCCUUGCAUUUUAAAUGCCUAUUAAAGAAGAUUUAUUACUAUUUGCAAUUACACCUGAUGAAAUACUCAGCAUCUCAAUUACUCAGACUCCAAACUAUUUGGAGUGUUUGAGUUCAUAGGAUGGUGAAGGCUCCUUUUAGCUGCAAAUGUUUUCUACAGAAUGUGAUGCUCUAUCUGAAAUUAAUUAAGGUUAUCAAAUAUGUAAUAAUUUUUUAGAUGUAAAAUUUGAUAUUACUAAAGUUUACAUAGACUCAAAAAAUCUAACAAAUCUGAUAUUAAUUAUUGUAUUGUGCUUGGCUUUUUUAAUAUCAAUUAUAUUAUUUGUAGUAAUGACUAUUAUUAAAAGAAUGAAAAAUAAGUAUAAAGAAGUGAUUGAAGAAAACAGAACCUUAGCCUAGAAGUACUAAGAGCUAGAAAAUUAGUCUUCUUACAUGACAAAAUAAUAGUUUUGAAAAUAAUAUGAUUUAUUUAUUUACUCCAUGUAAAAUAUUUCUUAAAAAUUUUAGAUAAAAAUUCAAAC